AUGUUCUUUGUUAGAUAUAUAUAGCAAGUUCAAUAAAUUUUUGAAUGGCAUUUGGCUACACAUACAUACAUACAUACAUACAUACAUACAUACAUACAUACAUAAAAAAAUUAUAAUAAUAAAAAUAUAUUUAAUUUUCAUAAAUUAAAUUGCUUUUCAAUAUUUUUGAAAAAAAAAAUGAUAUAAGAGAAAAAAUCAUUUAACAGUUUAGAAGAAUUUUUAAAGUCUUCAUUUUAAUCGCAUUAGGCUCUAGAUAUGAAUUUAAAUUUGAAAUCAUUUGGUGAUGAAGGUUCAUCAAGUUUAAGUUCUGGUUUAGGAUAAUGCACUAACCUCUCAUAUUUGACUCUUAUUGUUGGUUUCAAUUAAAUAAGUGCAAUUGGUGCAUCAAGCUUAGUUUCUGCUUUAGGCAAGUGCACUAAUCUUUCAAAUUUGACUCUUUAUUUAUACCACAAUUAAAUUGGUGACGAAGGCACAUCAAACUUAGGUUCUGCUUUAGGAAAGUUAAUUAAUAUCUAAAAUUUGACACUUUACCUUAGUACAAAUUAAAUUGGUGCAGUUGGUGCUUUAGGCUUAGGUUCUGGUUUAGGAACAUGCACUAAUCUCUAAAAUUUGACACUUGAUCUUUCUAACAAUUAAAUUGGUGAUGAAGGUACAUUAGGCAUAGGCUCUGCUUUAGGAAAAUGCACUAAUCUCUAAAGUUUGACUCUUUAUCUUAUUGGUAAUACAAUUGGUGCAGUGGGUGCAUCAUGCUUAAGCUCUGCUUUGGGAAAAUUCACUAAUCUCUCAAAUUUGACACUUGAUCUUUAUCUUAAUUAAAUUGGUGAUGAUGGUGCAUUAGAUCUAGGCUUUGCUUUAGAAAAGUGCAAUAAUCUCUAAAAUUUAUCACUUUACCUUGCAAAAAAUUAAAUCGAUUCAUAAGAAAGUUCAUGCUUAGCCUCUACAUUAGCUCAGUGCAAAAAUCUUUCUGAUUUGACACUAUUGCUCAAUGAAAAUUAAAUUGAUGAUGAAAACAUAUAAGGAUUGAAUUCUGUUUUAAUAUAGUGUACCAAAAUCUAAAAUUUGACUCUCUGUCUUCGUAACAAUUCAAUAACAAAACAAGGAGCUUCAUAAUUGGGUAAAGGUCUUGCUUAAUGUACAAAUCUCACUAAGUUGAUAAUUGAUAUGUUCAAUAAUUAAAUCGGUGCCUAAGGUGUUUCAGAGUUGGUUUAUGGAUUAAGUCAAUGCCCUAACCUCUCAAAUUUAUUACUCUUACUUUACAAAAAUCAAAUAGGUGAUGGAGACCUAACAUGCUUAAGUUCUAACUUAGCUCAGUGCACUAAACUCUAAACAUUAAAGCUAAUUAUUCCGAAUAAUUCAAUCAACUCAUAGGGAGUAUAAUAAUUAUGUUCAAAAUUAGCUAAAUGCACAUAUUUAUCAACUUUAGAAUUAAGUCUAAGUGGAAAUUGUAUAGACGAUGAUGGUUUAUCUGAAUUGGGUGCUAGUUUAUCUAAAUGCUCUAAUCUCAAAAACUUAAUAUUAUGGCUCAACCAAAAUUAAAUAACAUCAUAAGGUACUUCAAAUUUUGGUUCUCAUUUAGCUUUUUACCCUAAUAUAUAAUCUUUGACACUUGGUCUUUGUGACAAUUAAAUUAAUGAUAAGGGUGUUUCAAGUUUGGGUUUAGGUUUAGCACAGUGCUCUAAUUUAUCAAGUUUGAUAUUAUGGCUGAACUUCAAUAUAAUUGGCGAUGAUGGUUCAUUAGCUUUAGGUUCUGGAUUAGCUUAAUGUAUUAAUCUCUCAAAUUUAGAACUCUACCUUUCUGAUAAUGGAAUAGGUGACAAAGGUGCUUUAGGCCUAGUUUAAGGGUUAUCUUAGUGUGUUAAUCUCUCAAUUUUAUUCCUCUACCUAGAAGAUAAUUUAAUUAGUGAAUAAGGGACAUCAUCUAUAAGAACAAAGGUCCUUAAAAUGAAGAGGUUAACUAAGAAACUUGAUUUGAAUUGA